AUGGCAAAACAAUUGAAUGAGUUUUUAUCACCACGAGUAAUGACAGGUGCAGAUGUGAAGGCAAAAAUAACGAAUCUCGUUGCUGAAUAUAGAAAAAAAAGAAAAGAAUCAGGCAAAACAGGUAGUAGUCCGUCGUCGUGGCGAUAUUUUGAACAAAUCGACAAACUUCUCGGUGAACGUCCAUUUAAUGAUGAGAGUCUUAUUUCUGAUUCAAUAUCUCUUCAAGAACAAUUUCUUGAAGAAAUUGAAAAUGUUUCAGCUUCUGAUUUGAAUCUAAAUUCGUUAACAAAAGAUGAUGAUGAUGAUAAUAUAUCGAAUUUAAUCAAAGAUAUUGAAGAAUCUACAAAUAAUUUUGAUCAUCGAUCAUACAAUUCAAAAAGUCCAUCUAAUUCAAUAUCUAUACAAAAAAAUACCACCUCGACCACGCCUGACAUAUCGAACAAAAAAAGUUUAUCAUCAAAAAAGAAGAAAGUGGCAGAUAUGCGUAUAGAACUUAUUCGACAAAUGAUCGACAAAAUUGAUGGUGCUAAUGAAAUAGCUACUAAAGCAGAAUCAAAGGCAUUGCUUUUAUUGGAAAAACAAACAAAAUUACAAGAAGAGAAUUCUGUUGAAAUUGAUUGGGACAUCAGUGAACCAAUAUAUAGAAAACCAACAUGUACUAUACAAACAACGGGUUCAUUAGCAGCAAGAGAAGCAUUGACUCAAUACUUUUCACAAAAUCCAAUCUGA